AUUAUUGAGAAGAUACUUCGGGGAAAAGAGGAUGCGGAUGUGGAAUAAACACAGUAUAUAAACCGACGUGCUCGUUGACUUGCUCUCUCCAAACUAGAAAAUUUAUUUCACAAUGUUGUUCGUUUUGAUACUCAGUUUCCUAUGCGUUGGGAGUUUCGGGUUCGUGCCGAUACCGCCAUUCCCUGACCAGCGAAUUGUUGGUGGAAUACCGACGACCAUAGCCCAACACCCUCAUCAAGCUUCGUUACAAUAUUACGGUAGUCAUUACUGCGGGGCUUCGAUAAUCAGCAACAAAUGGGUCAUCAGCGCCGGCCACUGUGCCGGUGGUUCGGCGUCGUCUUACGGCAUCAGUGUCGGAAGUAACCUGAAGAAGGGCGGUUUAGUGUACGACGUCAAAAGAGUCGUGAGGAAUCCUCAAUACAACGGAUACACGAUUGAUUACGAUAUUGCACUUUUCGAGAUAAACGAUACCAUCAAAUUCAACAAGAAUGUGAGCACCAUAGAACUGUCUUCGGUCGAGAUUCCAGCGAAUGCGACUGUGAACGUAACGGGUUGGGGAGCUCUUACGGAAGGUGGAUUGUCUCCAGAAAUAUUGCAGCAGGUUUCCGUCCCCAUUGUGAGCAGGCAAGCUUGCGUUGCGGCAUACGCGGAUCUUAACACCAUAACGCCAAGAAUGAUAUGCGCGGGAUUGGACAGAGGUGGGAAAGACUCUUGCCAAGGAGACUCGGGAGGACCUUUGACGGCCAAUAAAAAACUUUAUGGUAUCGUUUCGUGGGGCUACGGUUGCGCCAAGCCCAAAUAUCCCGGCGUGUACAGUAAUGUCGCAAGCAUGCGUUCCUGGAUAAAGAAUGUAACUGGAAUUUAAAAGAAAAGAAAAUUUCUCUUCGAUUGGCUGACUGAUGAAAGUUGCGUGAAUUUUUAAUAGCGGUUUUAUUGUGUAAUCCUGAUAAAUAACUGUCAAGAUUAUGAUCGAAUAAAACGUAAAAAAUCAUUGUUA